AGAGACUCGUUCCAGCUUACACUAAUGUUAAGGGAUAAAUAAUUAUAAUCAUAGCUUCUAGAUUUAGAUGCUUAAAACAUAGAAACUAUGGACAGUGUAAUCAUGAUUGAUGAAAAAUGCGAUACCACCAGUCUUAUUACUAAAAAUACCCAUUCAUGUCUCAAAAUAAUCGUAAACAUUACGUUAAUGGUAAUGUUUUAUCAGUUCUAUUACCGUGGGCUACCACAAAAAUAUACAAUCUAUCUGUUGUACCAUUAAAAUUUCAGAAUCACUCCACAAGGGUAUCAAAUAGUUGAUAACAUUCUUAUCUAAGUCAUUACGUUUUAGUGUAAAUUCUCAUUAUAUCGUUGAUUUUCGUGUGGCCUGUCUAUUGUGUAGUACUUAUAAGUUCUAUCUAAAAAAAACGCUGCAAAUACAAAAGAAAACAAGGUAAAUAACAACUCGUAUUACGUAGACUUUACUCUUCAAUAUUAUGUUUGGAUCUACUAAUCUUAUUUGUAUAUUAUUAUGUACUUUAAAAUUAAAAAUUCUAUUUCAACUUUCGGAUAUUUCAACGAACUUUGUGUCAAGUUUGAGCCCCGUGAGCUCACCUACUCGCCCGGUUACGUUGACAUAACUCAAGGCUAUCAGCUUAGGUAUAAAAAGAAAAAGAAAAAAAGGACUUUAUCAUGAAUAGAUCUAAUAUAAAUUGUUAUCGAGCAACACUUCCGGCCUCACAUAAUAAAUUAUUUACGAACUUAGGAAAUAUAUAGAACUUAUUAUUCUUGUAAUAUAAUUAGUAAUUUCAUAAUCAAGUAAAUAGUUCAUUCAUAUUUCUUUAUACUUAUAAUAUUUUAUUGGCGCCUUCCGCUUGACAGCUUCCGGCGCAAUAAGUCUUAAUGUUAUUUGUUACAUAAUUCGAUAUUAUUAAAUAAUAAUUGUACGUAAAUAAUCAGCCGAAUAAUUAAGAUGAACAAUGUUUAAUAUUACCUACUCAGUUUGUAUUAAAAUAGGUCAAGAUGAUUGUAUAAAUACCGACGGUUAGCAUAUCUCUGUUGCAUUCGUAUUCUACCCACCGUAACGUGUACUAAAGAGAAUAUAUUAUUUCGUGUGGAAGUAAAUUGUCUCAAUUGUCGCCGCCACCCUGAGGAUCCGUUUAUACUUCAGAAGUGGGAUUAUGCCAGGCCCAUGCAUUGACGGAUUUGAGACCGCUGAGAAACACAGGCGAUAUAAAAUGCGACGUGUCACCCAAACCGAUGCGGAGGUUAUUCCAACGUUCCGGCCGGAUGAAAAAUCUAGCAACGUCAAGGGAUGGCUGCACAAGAUCGACCAGUUGGAUCACGUAUAUGGAUGGGACAACAAAGACUGCCAGUUCAUCAUGCAGAUAUGUCUUCGUGGGUCGGCUAGGGAUUGUGCGAUACACCACCGCAACUAUACUACACAUCCGCGAAUGGCUACCACAUGGAGAAGAGAAGGUGCUGUUGCUCCAGUUGCAAGAGGGACCGACUUUCAACCAAAGAAAUGUUACGCCUGCCGAAGAGAAGGUCAUGAAACAAAGAACUGCAAGGAGCCGCGCUGCGAGGUGUGCCAUCGCCCGGGACACACGUCGGUCAGCUGAUGGUAUGCGGCCAGCUCUUCACACCCAAAAUAUGACAACUUACUUCUCACGAUUAGACGUUCAACUGCAAGAGGAGUUGAAAAAGACAGCCGAAGCUAUAUUAGCUUCAGGCAAAGGCAUCCUUGCUGUUGAUGAAACUAACGAGGGCAUUGGAAAGCUACUGAAGAAUGUCGGUUUGGAGAACACUGAAAAUAAUAGGCGAAGAUACAGAGAGUUGCUGUUCACAACCCCCGAUUUAGCUGAACAUAUUUCUGCUGUAAUUCUUUACGAUGAGACCGUUUAUCAAAAAACUGAUGACGGUACACCGUUUAUAGAGCUCUUAAAUAAGCUAAAUAUCAUACCUGGAAUUAAAGUAGAUAAGGAUGUCACGGCGUUGUUCCUUUCCGAAGAUGAAAUGACUACUCAAGGCUUAGAUGAUUUAGGUAAACGUUGCGCGGCGUACAAAAAGCAGGGAUGCCGAUUUGCAAAAUGGCGUUGUCCGGUCAAAAUAGGACUGAACACGCCCUCCGUUCGGGCUAUCAACGAUACAGCCACAAUCCUGGCACGGUAUGCGUCUAUAUGCCAAAGCGAAGGCUUGGUGCCGAUUGUGGAACCCGACGUUCUGUUAGAUGGUGACCACGAUAUAGAGAGAGCCCAAAAAGUGACUGAAGUAGUACUAGCGGCCGUCUACAAGGCAUUGAAUGACCACCAUGUGUUUCUAGAGGGAACGCUGCUUAAGCCUAAUAUGGUAACGCCUGGACAGGGAUGUACUAAGAAAAGUACGCCUAAAGAAAUCGCUAUUGCAACUAGAACAGCCCUAUUGAGGGGAGUGCCAGCUGCCGUACCAGGUAUAGCUUUUCUUUCCGGUGGUCAAACAGAAGAGGAAGCGACUUUGAAUUUAAAUGAAAUUAACAAGGUUCAAGGUAAAAAGCCAUGGAUCCUUACGUUUAGUUAUGGCAGAGCUCUACAAGCAUCUGUCUGGCAGACGUGGGCAGGUAAAGAUGAAAAUCUUGUGAAGGCGCAAAAGGAAUUACUGAAACGGACCAAGGCUAACGGUCUCGCGUCGCUCGGAAACUACGAAGCUGGUACCGCUAUUUCUGCAGCUGGUGACGAAACAAAUUACAGUGCCAAUUAUAAGUAUUAAUAAAUUCGAUUUAAAUUUGUAUCCAAUCUAGCUGCCACUCUAACAUUAUUAAAUUAGUACAUACCUAAAAA